AUGGAGAAUUCAAGCAUGCCUACCUUUCUCCUCCUCAUACUUCUCUUUCUCUCUCACUCCCAAUUACUACUCUCAAUCUCUACCAACACUCAACCCAAUCAAGAUAUUAGCUACAUGAAAUUCGUACGAGAUGGCAAUGAUUUUCCAGAAAAGGAAGAGUAUGACUACAUAAUUGUAGGGGGAGGAACGGCAGGGUGCCCAUUAGCUGCAACAUUAUCAAAAAACUUCUCAACCCUCCUUAUUGAAAGAGGCAGUGAACCCAAUAAAUACCCAUCAGUGCUUAAAGAACAAGCUUUACUCAACGUUUUCACCGUUGAAGAUGAUGGCAAAAAUCCCUACAAUCGUUUCACUUCCAAGGAGGGUGUGCAGAACCUAAGAGGGCGUGUUCUUGGUGGCACUAGCAUGAUCAACGGCGGCGUGUACUCGAAACCGAACACGGAUUUCUUCAAAACACAGUUAGGGGUGCAGAAAUUUGACAUGGAAAUGGUGGAGAAGGCGUAUAAAUGGGUUGAAGAAGCUUUGGUGUAUAGGCCGAGUUUGAAUGCUUGGCAAAAUGCUUUUAGAAGGAUUCUUGUUGAAGGAGGAAUUGUGCCUGAUAAUGGGUUUGAGUUGAGAGACGUUGUGGGUACUAAAAUUACUGGUUCUAUUUUUGAUGACAAUGGGAAUAGGCAUGGAGCUGUGGAGCUUCUCAAUAAGGCACGACCCCGAAAUCUCAAAGUCGCUAUUCGGGCUACUGUCGAAAGAAUUAUCUUCUCUGGAUCAUCAGCAAAUGGGGUUUUGUAUUCUGAUUCAAAAGGAAAGCAACACACAGCAGUCAUCCGCAAGAAUGGAGAGAUAAUUGUGAGUGCAGGAGCCAUUGGAAGCCCACAGCUUCUUCUCCUAAGUGGGGUUGGCCCAAAAUCCCAUCUUUCAUCCUUAAACCUUCCCCUCAUCCUCCACAACCCACACGUGGGUGAGUUCAUGAAGGACAAUCCCCGUGUCGGCGUCGUUCCAAUUCUUCCAUUUCCACUAGACUUCACCUCUUCAAAAGUGAUCGGAAUCUCAACCAACAACACCUACUACUUCCAAUCCAUCGCCAGCACGUCACCCUUCUCAAUCCCUCCUUCUUUCAGCCUCCUUCCCCCCAACUCCACGACCGUCAACCUCAGCAUAGCCACCAUCGGCGGCAAAUUCUCCAAACUCACCUCCGUCGGCUCUCUCCGCCUGAACUCCUCCACCGACGUCAAAACCAGCCCCAUUGUGCGAUUCAAUUACUAUUCUAACCCUGCUGAUAUUCAGCUCUGCGUUGGAGGAGUGAGAAAAGUGGGGGAUUUUCUAAAAACCCAAAUCAUACAAAACAUUAAAACCAGGGAUUUGGAGGGUAAUAGAGUAAUUCAGUUUUUAGGGCCUCCGUUGCCGGAAAACUUGUCGGAUUAUAGCUCUGUGGCGGAGUUUUGUAAGAGGACAGUCACAACGUAUUGGCAUUACCAUGGUGGAUGUUUGGUCGGAAAAGUGGUCGACGGUAAUUAUAGUGUCAUCGGACUGAAGAAUCUUCGUGUUCUUGACGGCUCCACUUUCGCCGUGUCGCCGGGAUCUAACCCUAUUGCCACCCUCAUGAUGCUCGGCCGGUAUGUUGGGCUUCAAAUGCUAAAACAACGAGGGGUGUAAUAAAAU